AUGAUUAACUCUCUAAUAAAACGUGCUUAGUUGAAAUACAUGUUUAGCACUACCUCUAAAUCUGCUUCAUAAGCUAUGCAUCAAUCAUAAGAAUAAACUCUUUCUUAAAAGCUUAUCCUUGUUAACUAUUAGGAUGAUGUUGUGGGUUAGAUUGAUAAAAAAAAGGCUCAUUUGAACGAAUACAUUUUCUCAUAAGAGGCAAAACCUCACAGAGCUUUUUCCAUAUUUUUAUUUAAUGAUAAGAGUUAAUUGUUGCUUUAAAAAAGAAGUCAAAUAAAAAUAACUUUUCCCAAUCACUGGACUAACACAUGCUGCUCUCAUCCUUUAGAUUAAUUUGAUGAGAGAGAUUAGCAUGAAGGCACUAAACUUGCAGCUUAGAGAAGAUUAGAUUUUGAGUUUAACAUAAAAAUAGACAAGCUUACUGAUCUUACUUUAGUAGACAAACUACUUUACAAGUCAGCUUCUGAUAAGGUUUGGGGUGAAUAUGAACUUGACUACAUAUUCUUCAUGAGAAAAAAUCUUUCAGAAAUAUCUCCUAAUCCUGAAGAAAUAGAAGAAUAUGAAUGGAUUGAUCUAAAGAACUUGGAGGAAUUCCUUAAACACAAAGAAAGUUUAGGUUAAAAAACAACUCCAUGGUUCCGUAAAAUAAUUGACAAUAGAUUAUCAAAAUGGUGGAAAGAUUAUGAAAAUGGUCUAAUUAAAGACAAAAGAUUUACAAAUGAAGACAAUAAGCAAAUACCUUUCUUCUGA